AUGGGACUCCUUCGGCUGCUGGUUCUGGCGGUGCUGGCGUCCGAACCCCGCAUGGCCGGUGGAGCCGAAACCGUCGGGAAUUCCAGCGAGGGUCUUCUUGAAUUUUACAUAGGGAAAUUUAGAUACUUCAAGCUCAACAGGCUCUCUCCAGAGGACGCCAUUUUGCGUCAUAUUUCAAGCAAUGCGUCUUUCCUUAUUUUCCAAAUACACUCACAGUAUCAGAAUACAACGAUUUCUUUUUCUAAGACUCUCCUUCGUAAUACCUCAGGAACAGGCACUGACCGAGGACUGGUUUUCAUUCUUAGACCAGAGCAGAGUAUGUGCACUUGGCACUUGGAGACUUUAGAUGCUGAGCCUGUCCAAAACAUGGCCAUCCCACUCACCUAUUCAGAAAGAGAUCCUGUCCCUGGAGGCUGUAAUUUGGAGUUUGAUUUAGAUAUUGAUCCCAACAUUUACUUGGAAUACAAUUUCUUUGAGACGACUAUUAAAUUUGCCCCAGCAAACCUAGGCUAUGCAAGAGGCACAAAUCCUCUGCCGUGUGACAUUGGGACGGGACGGGACUCUAGGUGGAGGUUGCUGUAUGAUGUCUAUCAGUAUUUUCUGCCCGAGAAUGACCUCACCCAAGAGGCGUUGCUCAAGCAUCUGCAGAGGAUGGCUGAGGUGCCUCAGGUGAAGGCCAAUGCUAUCAAGGUGGUUACCCUAACAGCUAAUGAUAAGACAAGUGUUUCCUUCUUCUCUCUCCGAGGACAAGGUGUCCUUUAUAAUGUCAUUGUCCGGGACCCACUUCUCAAUACAUCUGCUGCUUAUGUUCCUGCUCACACAUAUGCUUGCAGCUUUGAGGCCAAGGAGGGUAAUUGUUCUUCCCUCAGAAGAGUAUCAACCAAAGUGUUCUUCACCCUUUUUGCCCUGCUUGGUCUCUUCAUUUGUUUUUUUGGACACAGAUUCUGGAAAACAGAAUUAUUUUUCAUAGGCUUUAUCUUCAUGGGAUUCUUCUUCUAUGUACUGAUUACAAGACUGACACUUCUUACGUAUGAUGUUCGUCUGAUUCUGACAGCCGUCGCUGGAAGUGUUGGUGGGAUUCUCCUGGUAGCUGCUUGGUGGCGAUUUGGAAUCCUUCUCCUCUGCAUGCUGUGUGUUGGAUUAGUGCUGGGCUUCCUCAUCUCCUCAGUGAUGUUCUUCACUCCGCUGGGAAACCUGAAGAUUUUUCAAGACGAUGGUGUGUUCUGGGUGACCUUCUCUUGUAUAGCUGUUAUCAUUCCAGUAGUUUUCAUGGGCUGCCUAAGAAUACUAAACAUACUGACUUGUGGAUUCAUUGGCUCCUACUCGGUGGUCUUAGCCUUUGACAGUUACUUGUAUACAAGCCUUUCUUACAUCACUUUGAAUGUACUCAAGAGAGCACUCAACGUGGAUUUCCACAGAGCUUUCACAACUGUGCCUUUUCAAACUAAUGACUUUAUUAUCCUGGCUGUAUGGGGGAUGCUUGCCGUAAGUGGAAUUACAUUACAGAUUCGAAGAGAAAGAGGGCGACCGUUUUUUCCUCCCCACCCGUACAAGUUAUGGAAGCGAGAGAGGGAGCGCAGAGUUACGAACAUUCUGGACCCUAGCUACCACAUCCCUCCAUUGAGAGAGCGGCUCUGUGGCCAACUAACCCAGAUCAAAGAACUCUUCCGGAAGGAACAGCCAGCUGGAGAGAGAACACCUCUGCUUCUUUAGAUGCCAAAGGGCUCGGUCAGUGUGAUCCUGAAGUACAACUCAAGCGGUGCCCCAGCUUUGGUGUGUAUGCCCAGCCUGCUUCAGCCAUCUCCGGUGCAAGUCUGAGAACAAAACAGGCUUUUGUAUCUAUCUGUGCUUUGCACAAUAUUGUGGUGUCCUCAUUGAUAUAUUAUCAAAAGGUACCCUUCUUUUGUUUAUUUUUAAUUGUGGUAAAAUUACACAUUUACUGUAUCAAUCAUAAAGUGUAUAGUUCAGUAGGCACUUUGUUUUUGCCUUUUAUUGCUUAAAAUGCUAAUUUAAAUACUAAAUUAUGUCAGUUAUUUGAAAAUAGGUCAACUUAUAUAGAUAAUAAAACUUUGAUAUGUA